AUGGAUAUCGGACAAAUUCUUGAAAAUGCGAUCAUGAACCCUGAUCCAGCUAAGCGUUCUGAAGCUGAAGCUCAAAUGCAAGCUAUGUCUAAGGAUCAUUUCGUCAUGUAUAUUGGCUUAUUGACAGAAGCAUUGGCUGAUGAAUCAAAAAGAGCUGAAGUUAGAAUAUUAGCUGGUAUCACUUUAAAGAAUGAGUUGACCUCAAAAGAUGCAUCUAAAAAGAGACAUCAAGCGGAACGUUGGAUAAAUUUGGAUCAAGCUUCAAAAUCUCAAAUCAAAGAGAUCAGUUUGAAAUCUUUGUUAACUCAAAAUGACAGAGUUGCAAACGCUGCUGCUCAAUUAGUCGCAGCUAUUGCUGACAUUGAAUUACCAAGACAAGAAUGGAAUGAACUAAUCAGUAUAAUCGUGGAGAACACUAAACCUGAAAAACCUGAACAUGUCAAACGUUCAUCAUUAUUAACAAUUGGUUAUAUUUGUGAAACUUCUGAUCCAAAUGAUGCUGGUGUUGUGAGUCAAUCAAAUGGUAUUUUGAUUGCUAUCGUUCAAGGUGCUCAAUCUUCAGAACCAUCAAAAGUCGUUAGAUUAACUGCUUUGAAUGCAUUGGUUGAUUCUUUAGAAUUUAUCAAAUUCAAUUUUGAGCGUGAAGGUGAAAGAAAUUAUAUUAUGCAAGUUGUCUGUGAAGCUACUCAAGCAGAUGAUUCUGAAUUACAAGCUGCUGCCUUUGGUGCAUUAGCUCGUAUAAUGUCCUUAUACUAUUCUCAUAUGAGUGUUUAUAUGGAAAAGGCUUUGUAUGGUUUGACUGUUGCUGGUAUGCAAUCCUCAGAUGAAAGAGUUGCUUGUAUGGCUGUCGAAUUUUGGAGUACUGUUUGUGAAAAUGAAAUUGAAAUCGCUUUAGAAAAAGAAGAAUUCCCAGAUUCACAGUUAACCUCUUAUAACUUCGCCUUAGUUGCUAUCCAAGAUAUCCUUCCAACAUUAUUCCAAUUAUUAACUAGACAAAACGAAGAUGCAGAUGAUGAUACUUGGAAUGUUGCAAUGGCUGCAGGUGCUUGUUUACAAUUGUUCGCUCAAGAUACUGGUAACUUUGUUGUUCAACCUGCUUUAUCUUUUGUGGAACAAAAUAUCAGUAGUCCAGAAUGGAGAAAUCGUGAAGCUGCAGUUAUGGCAUUUGGUUCCAUUUUAGAUGGCCCUGAUAGAGAUCAAUUGAAAGUUCUUAUCGCUCAAGCUCUUGGUCCAAUUUUACAAUUGAUCAAGGAUGAAAACUUACAAGUCAAAGAUACUGUUGCUUGGUGUAUUGGUAGAAUUGCUGAUCUGAUUAUUGAUGCUAUUGACGUUCAACAGCACUUACCAAAUGUUAUUCAAGCCAUUAUUGAAGGUUUGAAAGAUCAUGGAAAGGUUUCAACCAACUCUUGUUGGACAUUGAUCAAUAUUGUUGAGCAAUUGAAUCAAACUGCUCAACAAGAUGAAACAUCUCCUCUAUCACAAUAUUAUCCAGCUUUAGUUCCAAUUUUGAUUCAAGUUUCUGGAAGAAGUGAUAACGAAUAUAGUGCUAGAGCCUCUGCUUAUGAAGCUUUAUCAACUCUAGUUCUUUUCAGUGCUAAGGAUGUUAUGCCAAUCAUUAACAAUAUUGCUUCAGAAGUUUUAAGCAGAAUUGAUCAAACUCUUCAAUUGCAAUCCCAAAUUGUCACUGCGGAUGAUAAAUAUAACUUGGAAGAAUUACAAUCAAACAUUUUAAGUUUGUUAACUAAUGUUAUAAGAAGAGUUGGUAAAGAUGUUGGUUCUGUUGCUGACAGUUUGAUGCAACUAUUUUUGAAAUUAUUACAAGCUCAACAACAACAAAAUUCAAUCAUUGAAGAAGAUGUUUUCAUCGCUAUCAGCGCCUUGGCUGGUGCAGUUGAACAAGAUUUCAACAAAUACAUGACCGCCUUCUUACCAUUCUUGACAAAUGCUUUGAAUCAAACUGAUUCACCAAUUUCCAACACUGCUGUUGGUUUAGUUGCUGAUAUUUCCCAUUCAUUGGGUGAAAACUUCAAUCAAUAUUCUGAAGGUUUGAUGAAUAUCUUGGGUUCCAUCUUGUCUAACGCUAAUGUCAGAAAAGAAUUGAGACCAGCUGUUUUAUCAAGUUUCGGUGAUAUUGCUUCUGCUAUCGGGCCAGCUUUCCAGCCAUACUUAUCAGUUGUUUUCAACAUUUGUCGUGAGGCUCAAAUUGCUCAACCUGAAGGAUCUUCAAUUGAAGCAUUAGAUUACAUAUUGAACCUUCGUGAAUCUGUCUUAGAUUGUUAUGUUGGUAUUGUUGGUGGUUUACAUGGUCAAGCUGACUCAAUUUACCCAUUUGCUGCUCAAAUUUUCGAACUAUUACAAUCUAUAAGCGAAGAAGCAAGCUUCUCAUUAUCUGAAAGUGUCAGCAGAUCAGCUGUUGGAUUAUUAGGUGAUCUAGCUCAAAUGUUCCCAGAUGGAAGAAUAAAAUCAGCUUAUGCUCAAGACUGGAUUACUCAAUUCAUCAAAAAGACAAGAACUAACCCAGCUUUCCAACAGAAUACCAAAGAUACUGCAAGAUGGGCAAGAGAGCAACAAAAGCAACAACUAAACUUAUAA